AUGUCAACCUCCUGUACCAUGGCUCCCUGCAGUACCGAAGAACUCUCAACAGAGGCAGGGACAGCAGCAAUGAAGAUAAGCUCAAAAGAAGGGCCGAUCUCGGAAAAGUUCGCAAUGCUCCGCCGUCUAGUCCCUCUCGUUGCUAACGAUAAUAUCACUCAUCUAAACGCGGCAUUUAUGCCCCCUUUGAACUUGGUGAUUCACCAACACAUUCAGAGCUUCUGCUCCGGAUGGCUUCACGAUGUAUCGCCCAAGUCAAGCUGGAAGGCCACACAAGAAGUGACAAGAGCACUGCUCGGCCGGUACCUCAACACGCAGCCGACUAACAUCACGUUCACGCGGGACACCACGGAAGGAAUGGGUUCAUUCAUGCAGAGCCUUCGACUACAGCCAGGAGACAACAUCAUCAUUCUCGACUGCGAACAUCCCAGCCAGGCUUACGGAUGGCUUUCCCUCAGAUCCAAGGGCAUCGAGGUUCGACAGGUCGCGACACGCAGCGAGCUGAGCGGUUUCUCCACAAUAGCUAGUGCUGCCACAUUCGAGAAGUAUGUCGAUAACCGGACGAGGUGCAUCGGCAUCAGUUCCAUCAUGUUUCACAGCGGCCAGAGAAACGACGUUGCCGACAUCUGUGCAAAGUAUCGACCUAGAGGCGUCCAUGUACUUGUGGAUCUCACCCAGCAUGUCGGCUUCGCCAACGUUGACGUUGAGGCUCUUGGUGUCUCUGCAGCAGCCUUCAGCCUCCACAAAGGGCUCGGCUGCCCGUUGGGUUUCGCUGCGCUCUACAUCUCAAAGACUUUCAUCGACUCUGAGGAUCCCCAACCGCCCAUCGUCGGGUUCGGGGCCGUGGGGGACCCGACCGAGGACUUUCUGGUAUCGGAUGGUCCUAUCACUUUUCAUGCAUCGGCCCGCAGGUUCGAGCAUGCCAAUAGCAACUUUCUUGCAGCGAUUGCCGCCCAAGCUGCUCUACAGCUCUACCUCGAUGGCAUGGGCCCAGAUGAUGUGGAACAGCAUCUUUACAGUCUUGGCGAUGCGUUGAGAGGGCGGUGCAAAGCCAUUGGCGUUGAGCUCGCCGGACCAUCACUUCGUGCACACCACGCACCGCACCUGUACCUCCUCAAGUUGUAUGGCGACCAGUGGACGAAUCACUUCAAGGUACACAAUGUGGCCCUAACAUCGUUCAGAUGGGGCGUCCGGGUUUCGUUUGGGUUUUACAGCAGUCUGGAGGAUGUGGAGCGACUCGUGGAUGUCAUUCAGCUGGGCCUCGAGAGUGGUCUUCCGAAGUAA